AACGUAAACUAUCUUUCACUGCUGACUAACACAUGAUUCAGAUCACAUGAUAAGAUAUUUUGUCAACACAAGAUGUGGAAGGAUUUGGUUGUGCUAUCUUUUAUAGUGGGUCUAGCGGCCUGCUCUCCCCUUGUUGGGACAAAGGAAUGCUCUUGGGGUCCUGCUUACUGGUGCAGCCAUGCAAAGAAUGCCAAGGCUUGUGGUGCAGUGCAACACUGCUUAGAUACAGUCUGGAGCAAACAGACCAUUGCAGAAAAUUCACAGCCAAGCUCAUGUGAUCUCUGUAAAAUGGUGGUCAAAGAGACCAGAAAGAUGUUGAAAAACAAAAGUACAGAUGAAAAAAUAAUCAAUUUCUUCACCAUGGCAUGUCAGUUUAUGCCAGACGAAAAGCUGAAAAAAGAAUGCAGUUUCCUUGCCUCAGAGUCCAAACUUUUGAUCGCGCUGUUGAAUAGCAAAAUUUCUGAUGGACAACUGUGCGCUGCUGUCAAGCAAUGCAGGGGCUUUGAAGACAGAACCCAUGAGCUAUCCACAAAGGCCCCCAAAGUACAUGUAUCUGGAAAAGUGACAAAGAUUUGCAAAGACUGUGUUGCCUUCUUCGGAGAUAUCAAACAGAUGAUUCAAGACAAUGCUACAAUUGAUCAGAUUAAGGAUAUGUUGAAGAAUGUGUUGUGUACGCAACUGAAAUCUGAGGAGGGACUGUGUGACUUUAUUGUUGACGAGCUUGUUCCUCAGUUAGUGCAAACGCUUGGCCAAGAAGUGGAACCACAAGUAUUUUGUAAUAUGCUGAGCUUCUGCAAUGGAACAAAUAUUUACAAGGCACUGGUUUCCAGAAUUCAGUUUAGGACAAGUCUAAAGAAAAUUAACAAGGCUAAGAUUGGUGGGGUAGAAGAAUGCACCUUGUGUAAGGAAGUCUUGAGCAAGGUCCGAGACAUGGACCGUAGUCCUGCUAACCAGGAAAAAGUGAAGAACUUUAUUAAGACUGAACUUUGUGAGAAACUUGGCGCGCUGGCAAGUGAGUGCAAGACAGCGGUGGAUGAAUAUGGAGACGUAUUGUUUGAGCUAAUAGCUACUGAGCUGGACCCUACCACAGUAUGUACAAUGCUGGGAUUCUGCAAGACCGCUCAGUAUGUUGCUGCCAAACCUAUUAUGCCAGGGCUUCAGGUGAAACCAGAUGUAAAAUUACCAACACAACCAAAAGCAGGGGAACUGUGUGAUCUGUGUCAGAUGGCUAUCAAUGAGUUAGACACCAUGAUUUCUAAGAAUUCAACUGCGCAAGAGGUAGAGCAGGCCUUGAUCUCUGUGUGCAGCCGUUUGCCGGCCCAGUACAAAGAUGAGUGCAGCGACUUCGUGAAGCAGUAUGCUCCAGCUAUUCUGGACCUCAUUGGACAAGAGUUGGACCCCCUCACAGUCUGCACUUUCCUCAAGCUUUGCACUUCUGGGUCCAAGAAACUGGAUAUGAAUAAACCCAUGAAACCUGUUAGUUCUGAAGCAGAAUGUGCUAUUUGUGAGUUGGCCAUGAAAGAAGUAGACUCCAUUCUCCAGGGCAGUCAGGUGAAGGAGGAAAUUGAAAGUGCUCUGAAAUCUGUGUGUAAUCGUUUGUCAUCUGCUGAUCUUUCCAAAGAAUGCACCAGCUUUGUCAUGCAAUACACAGAAAUGUUGAUCAAUCUACUGGUCAAGAUGCCCCCCAAGGAAGUGUGUUCCACCCUGGGUCUCUGUACUGCUGCCAAGUCGCCUGCCAAACAAGAACUGCACCAUGUCAAGCUGACCUCCAUGAAAAAUAAUGGUCUCUUGCAUCAAAAUAAAGUAAGUACCUCACCUCAGUGUGUUGUAUGUGAGGCUGUAAUGACAGAACUGGAUAACAUUCUGAAGGAGAACAGAAGCAGGCAAGCCAUUGAGAAUGCUCUUCAGAUGGUAUGCUCCAAUCUCCCCACCGCCAUCAGCAAAGAAUGUUCCGACUUUGUCAAUCAAUAUGCAGACCUGGUUAUUAACAUCGUGAUUCAGGAGGUGGACCCUAAAUAUGUCUGCACUGCAUUGAAACUGUGUAAAACUGAAGGUCUUCAUCAAAAUAAAGUAAGUGCCUCACCUCAGUGUGUUGUAUGCGAGUAUGUAAUGACAGAACUGGAUAACAUUCUGAAGGAGAACAGAAGCAGGCAAGCCAUUGAGAAUGCUCUUCAGAUGGUAUGCUCCAAACUCCCUACCACCAUCAGCAAGGAAUGCUCCGACUUUGUCAAUCAAUAUGCAGACCUGGUUAUUAACCUACUGAUUCUGGAGGUGGACCCUAAAAAUGUCUGCACUGCAUUGAAACUGUGUUCAAGUUUGAAAAAGGCUCUCCUUCAUUCCGCCCAGUUCCUUCCUAUUCCAGGUCAAGUUGCUGGCAUACAGUUGGGAGAUGAAAAAUGUGAGGCUUGUGAGUUAAUUAUAAAUUACCUGGAUGAAGCGCUGAAGGAGAACAAAACCGUACAAGCUGUGGAGGCUCUUCUUGAUAACGUCUGCAACUUCCUGCCCACUACAUUCAAGGAAGAGUGCAACACAGUGGUUGCCCAAUAUGGACCUGUUAUUGCUCAAUUGAUCGCCCAACUUGUGGACCCCAAAAAGAUUUGUGAGGAAAUCAAACUUUGUCCCACAAAGGCAGGUGUGAAACAAUCUUCCGUUCAUCAUCUCCUGCAGAAGCAAAAUCCUGCCCCCAAAGAUACCAAGCUGUACUUUAAAAAUAAACAACACUUACUGGGAGAAAAAGAGUGUACCUAUGGACCAACUUACUGGUGUGCCAGCCUAGAAAAUGCCAGGAAGUGUCAGGCUGAAAAACAUUGCAGAACAAAAGUAUGGAACCGUAACUAAAGAAAGAGCAAAUCCACUCAACAUGGUUACGACAGGAGAUUAAAAGCUUUGAGGAUGAAGAUCAUAUAUCACAACUAGUUUUAACCAGUGUAGUGAUCUGAAGAUGUGAUAUCUCUGUGAUGGCCAUUCUGUGUACAUUCAUUCCUGUAAAUUCCCUUGUAUUUUUUUAAAAAUAGAAUAAACAAUAUACCUUUUCAUUUGGUGUUUAUGUUUUAUUUUGAAUGGAUUGUUGAAUUUUGUGCUGAUUUUGUAUUGUAUUGGAAUAGUAAUGAUAUACAUGUAGGAAUGGUUUUUGCAGAAAAAAGUUUUAAUAUUUGACUUAAAGUCCACGAUGGAGCAACAAAACUUUGUGUAGUAUGCAUAAAAUAUUCAAUUGUAUUUUGUAGUGGAUUAUAAAUUUGAAAUACUCUUCAUUAAAUUGUAUAGAAAAAUAGAUAGUUCCUCAUAUGUAUGUAAAGUUCAUAUUUCUGUUUAUAAUCAGUUCACCUAUACAUAUUGCGAUACCAGCAGCAAUGGGCAAUGAAUUGUAUUUUACUAAAUAAUUGAUAAAUCGUUCAUCUUCGAGCUGUUUCAAAUUAAUAUUUACCAAAGUAGUUUGAAGUUUUUUCCCCUUUUGGUUUUUUGUUAUUUACUGUCAAACUGCAUGUGUGUACAUGUAUAUUACGUAAAACUUGUCCUUUUGUUGAUGUUUUACCAUGUUGUUUUUUGGUUUAGAUUUAAUUAACGCGUUAAAGAAUACAAAUGCAAGAGGGGCAGGUACCCUGAUAAACUUGGAUAGAAUUGCUGUACAAUUCAUAUACUUGUAUUAUAAAUUAACCCCAUUUAUAUAUUUUUCAUUUUAAUAUAUUGAUUCUGUAGUGUAGUGCUUUGAAUGAAGGAGGAGUAACACAUCACGAAAUAUUCUAAAUGAAAAUAUACCAUAGUCGCAAAAUUAAAAUCGGGCACACCAGGAUAUUCUUUCUUUUUAAAAUAAAAUUUUUGAUCACCAUCCCCACAUCUCUGCACAUAUAUCCUCUGGAGUCAUUCCUGACAAUUUUGAUUGGUGUGUUAUACCUAAUUCAGUUUAUUGUGCAUUUUUUAAUCUAUUUGACACAGGAUCUGUUUUACAUUCCAUAUUAUACCGAUGAGAUUAUGAAGAUCUGGAUCUUAACGAAGUUAUGGAAUUUGUACAUUAUGUUAAAAAUAAUAAUUUACUAACAAUUUCUACAUUUCUAAUGAUGUUGAAUUCAGUUUUUCUUAAAUUUACUGUAAGUUUGGAUAAAGAAUUAUAUAAAAGUA